AUGGGCGCAGAGCCGAAUUUCCGCAGCUCGUUCAGCAUCCGCAAGGCUUAUGGACAGGACCCACUUUUCUUCACUCAUGCCCCUGGAAGGGUAAACUUGAUUGGGGAACACGUAGACUACUGCGGCUAUGCUGUUCUUCCAAUGGCCCUGCAGCAGAACAUCGUUGUGGCCUGUGCCCCAAAUGGCUCCAACACGUUAAACCUUGUCAACGUUGAAGACGGACGUUACCCCAGUCACUCUGAGAAGAUGGACUUGUUGAAAAUCGACGACAUUGCACCGCAGUGGUAUCACUAUUUUCUUUGCGGCGUCAAAGGAGUCGUAGAAGAUGAGGAUGCUGGUGAUAGGCCGAGUAGAGUGACUGGGAUGGAUGUGGUGGCGCAUGGCACUGUGCCUCCGUCUGCUGGGCUUUCGAGCUCCAGUGCAGUCGUCUGUGUUGCUGCUUUGGCUACACUUUGGUUACAAGGGUAAGUGUGACAUGGUGCCAAGGCAAGAUGUUUGAGGAUAAAAGUGUCUGAAUAGUACAGGGCAAAUUUAGCAAAGGCUACACAUUUUGAUCGAGUCGUAAAAAUCCAAGAUAACGUCCCUGGCGUUUCAAACUCUGCAGGCUGAUACUCAUUUGCGUGAAGUUUGCGUGGACCACAAAAUGGAAACUUUUAGUGCGAAAGUCACAUAUUGUAAAUUUUGCACGAAUAUUCGAUUCGGAAUUUUUUCCCCCGUUCGAUUCGAUAUUCAACUUAAAAUAUUCGGAUUUGCACACCCCCUAAACAUUGCACUAAGGGGAGUACUUUACUACCACAACGUCCAUCCAUGAUUUGUAAGCUAUAGAUUACUGUCACAUCUUGCCUUAAACUCUUGAAGAUGCUUUGUGUUCUUUCCAAGCACCAACGCUUCAAACUCUGCAUCAUUCAUUUGAAGUAGCUGGCACAACUCUGAU